CGGGCUGAUAGGCGACACGUUCUCUUAUUUAUACCUUUUUUACUUUAAGUUGUCGCUGUAUUUAUCUAAUAAUGAUCCAGAAGAUACUUCUCCUGACACUUUUACACCUUGUCGUGGCAGCGCCUCGUCCUGCCAGCCCUCAGAUGAUCCAGGCGGAUGAAGGAGAAAACGCAACAGUCUGGUGUCGCUUCAUUCGCCCUGAAGACUUCGCCCCUACAGCAUUGCACUGGACCGUUAACGUCACCAAGGAUGUCCUCUUCUCUCGACAUAAAGGAUGGAUUGAUCCUGACGCAGCAGAUGCUCAAUACACACUCAGGACUUCUGUGAACCGGGAGGACCUGGCCAGAGGAAUCCUGCUGGUGAACAUCUCCAAUGUGACUCCGUCUGACAGCGGAAACUACGAAGGUGUCGUCAUUGGAAAGCUUGCAGGCCACGACGACCCUUUGGAGUUGAACUGUUCUGUCGAACUCAUCGUUGAGAAGGAGGAACAGAGCAAGAGCAAGGACUCGGGAGCACCUGCUCCUCCAGCUGAGGGAGAUCCCGCUGCAGAGCAGAGGAACCAUGUCCUCGGUGUCCUGAUUCUUGUUGCUUUCCUUGCUGUCGUUAUCGCUGUUGGGAUUCUGGUGGAACGUGGAGUGAUCCGGAUUUGUAAGAAAGAAGGAGAGCCGAAGACCUCAGAGGGAGAUCAGCAGAGCGCUGCAGAAGAAGGCCUGGUGGGGUCAGAGGUCACAGACAGCAACAAUCAACCAUCACAUACGGUCUAUUAAAGGGUCAAUCAAGGCAGAAUAGACCUUUCUAUAUCCCCUGACAAACAUAGGGCUGGGCCAUCAAUCAAUAUAACAUCUGUAUUGUGACAGACGAGGUAUCAAGUUGGAUUCGUGAUAUAUGUGUUCUCUCUUCCAUGUUUUUAAAGCAGCAUUACAUUGAAACAUGUCAUUCACAAACUAGCAUUACCUGUUUUACCCACUAGGUGGUGAUAUCCAUGUGACUUAAAGAAAAUAUAUAUAUAAAUCCUGCAGUUUCAUCACAAUAACGACAUCAGAAGAUAUUGUGAUGAAUUACCCAUACUGCCAGGUCCUAGAAUAAACCAUCUCUUUAUAAGGUUUAAAAUAAUGAUGUCCUUUUAUAAGUAAUUUAUUAGAGACAAAUCUAAACGUCCUUAUAUGAUAUGUUUCAUCACUAAUUGACCCAGGAGUCUUUCAGGUCACUAAACUCUUAGUUAUUACAUUUGGAAAAACAUUCAUCAGCGUUUCUGAUGAGCAGAAAGAGAUUGAUCAAUUUAAUAAUAACAACAAUCUAUUAAUUGGUAUCAAAAUGUCUUAAAUCAAUCUUUCAAACAUUGUUUUAAACUCCGAAAGAAGGGAAGGAUAUUACGAAUCUUAUUUUUUUUAUAAAAUGUUAAUUUCUUUGUAUUUUCUGGAAAGGGUUAUUUUUGUAAAAUUGGUCUUGAAUUUAAUUCUGAGUGGCAUCAAAAGGUCUGGAAUCUGACUCGUUGAAUUAUAAGAUUGUUUCCAGAGCCUUGUUGAGUCUCUGCCACCAAGAGUUAAGACAAAAGAGGGUCCUCCACUAUCAAGGGGAACCUCAGGGGUGUCCAAACUGCUGCCUGUUGUCCACUUUGAAUUGUCCCUCAGCAAACUCUCAAAGUUUAUUGCAAUACGGCCCAAAUGUGACUCAAUGACUGGACAUCAAACACACUGUUUCCACACAUUCAUGUAAAUAUGUCUAAUAUGUAUAUGAGUCGUUUAAAUAAAGUUUUUUACUAUUUACCAGAAAA